CAGUGCUCUGUGCACUAUGGCGCCACCUAACGGCCCUCACUGAGCAGGGCACCACCAUAGAAAUAUGCUGUGUGACCGUGAGCAAAUUCCUUGACCUCUCUGUGAGCCUCAGUUUCCCCAUUUGUAAAAGUGAAGUAAUCGUACCUGAGGCAGCCACUUCACGGGGUUGUUUUAGGGAUUUCCUGAGACUUCAUCUACCGAGCAAUUUGCAAGUCCUAGUUGUUAUAGAAAUGCCGGCUGUCAUUAUUUACCGGCACCGCCUGUGGGAUUCAGGUCAUGUCUCCAGACCUCAGGGCCAUCAGUUAUAAUCCAGUUCAUAGAGUCACCCCAAGAGCACCCCUCAAAUUGGCUCCUGUCAGCCAGGAUGACGACCAUCUCUUCCUGGUGCUCUCCACCCCAAGUGGAAGUGGGAAGGAGCCUCAGGGCCAUCUCCUCCCACUUGGAUCCAACUGACCCUCCCCUCAUGACAGGACAAGCCUUCCCACCCAGGGUCAGAGCUGGAAGGAGGAAAGAGGCCCAGAAAGAAGGGUGCAGCACCGGCGGGAUUCAAACCCAGCUCCUGUCCCACUCAGGCCCCAGCUUCCUCUUGCAGUAAUGGUGACCUGACCAUCUUCUGGUAUUUUUAUAGAUAAUUGGGAAGAAAGGCGCAGCCAGUGACAUCCCCAUCUUUGCAGAUGACGCGAAACUCUCCUGGGCAUGGGAACACCAGACCGGGCACAUACCGUAUGAAGGUCCUGAAGCCCUUUCUUGCGACGGGACUGUGCUCACGCAUCCUCCCCGGUUCUCACGCACACCCAUGGCACGAUGAGCAGCCCUCAGGAGCAGCUGAGCUGGUCUUCCUCUCCCACCUUGACCUUGAGUGAGAACAGGGCCUUUGGCGGGCUUCAUGACGAGCGCACGUCCCCCAGGAGCCAGCCUUCUCCCAAGCUCUUUGAGGAGGUGGGAGAGAAGGGGGUGCUGCGGGCCGAGCUAACAGAGGGCCUGAGCAGCCCCGUCGCUACGACAGCACUGACCAGUGUCAGCGAGGACUCAAGGGACCAGUUUGAGAACAGCGUUUUGCAGCUCAGGGAACAAGAGGAAUCUGAGACGGCCCCUUCUCAGGGCAACGGUCACGCGGGCGACGGAGAGAACACGAGCGGCGCGGAGGACGUGAAGAUCCAGUUCAGCCGGUCAGGCAGCGGGAGUGGCGGCUUCCUCGAAGGCCUUUUUGGCUGCCUGAGGCCUGUCUGGAACAUCAUAGGCAAGGCCUACUCCACCGACUACAAGCUCCAGCAGCAAGAUACUUGGGAGGUGCCCUUCGAGGAGAUCUCGGAGCUGCAGUGGCUGGGCAGCGGAGCCCAAGGCGCCGUCUUCUUGGGUAAGUUCCGAGCCGAAGAGGUGGCCAUUAAGAAGGUGCGGGAGCAGAAUGAGACGGACAUCAAGCAUCUGCGGAAGCUGAAACACCCCAACAUCAUCGCCUUCAAGGGCGUCUGUACCCAGGCCCCGUGUUACUGCAUCAUCAUGGAGUACUGCGCCCACGGGCAGCUCUAUGAGGUCCUGCGAGCUGGAAGAAAGAUCACUCCCCGGCUGCUAGUGGACUGGUCUACGGGGAUCGCCAGCGGCAUGAAUUACCUCCACCUCCAUAAGAUCAUCCAUCGCGACCUUAAAUCCCCCAAUGUAUUAGUCACUCAUACAGACGCAGUCAAAAUUUCUGACUUUGGCACCUCGAAGGAACUCAGUGAUAAAAGCACAAAAAUGUCAUUUGCUGGCACCGUGGCGUGGAUGGCCCCCGAGGUGAUCCGAAACGAGCCGGUCUCGGAAAAGGUGGACAUCUGGUCUUUUGGGGUGGUGCUGUGGGAGCUGCUGACGGGAGAGAUCCCGUACAAGGAUGUGGACUCAUCAGCCAUCAUCUGGGGCGUGGGCAGCAACAGCCUGCACCUGCCUGUCCCCUCCACGUGCCCCGAUGGCUUCAAGAUCCUCAUGAAGCAGACCUGGCAGAGCAAGCCGCGCAAUCGGCCUUCCUUCCGCCAGACGCUCCUGCACCUGGACAUUGCCUCUGCGGACGUGCUCGCCACGCCGCAGGAGACCUACUUCAAAUCUCAGGCUGAAUGGAGGGAGGAAGUGAAAAAACAUUUUGAGAAGAUCAAAAGUGAGGGGACUUGCAUACACCGGCUGGACGAAGAGCUCAUCAGGCGCCGGAGAGAAGAGCUCAGGCACGCGCUGGAUAUCCGGGAGCAUUAUGAGCGGAAACUGGAACGCGCUAAUAACCUGUACAUGGAGCUGAGCGCCAUCAUGCUGCAGCUGGAGGUCCGGGAGAAGGAGCUCAUCAAGCGUGAGCAAGCUGUGGAAAAGAAGUACCCUGGAACCUACAAGCGGCACCCCGUGAGACCCAUCAUCCAUCCCAACACCGUGGAGAAGCUGAUGAAGAGGAAAGGAGUGUCUCAUAAGCCGGGCCUGACGACAAAGCGGCCAGAUCUCCUGCGCUCCGAAGGCAUCCCCACCAUGGAGGUGGCUCCCCAGGCAUCCCCGGUGUCCGGGAGCCCCAAAAUAUCAACUCCGGGCAGCAAAGGCCGAUACCGCAGCAAGCCCCGCCACCGCCGGGCCAACAGCAAAGGGAGCCAUAGUGACUUUGUGGCCAUCUUGAAAAACCAACCAGCCCAGGAGGCCUCCCCCCAGGGCACACCACCCUGCCCGCCUCCUGCCCCUCUCCAUCCUCCCCAUCAUCACAGCGCCCAGCAACAGCAGUACCCCCAGCCCUCGAAGCCCUCGGCCCACGACCACCACCCCAGGCUCAACCUGCAUGGACAGGACAUUGCCAACUGUGCUAAUAACCUGAGGUACUUUGGGCCUGCGGCAGCCCUGCGCAGCCCGCUCAGUAACCACGCUCAAAGACAGGUGUCCGGCUCCAGCCCUGACCUCAUCUCCACAGCCAUGGCAGCGGACUGUUGGAAGGGCUCAGCGCCCCCGGGGGGCCUGGCCGGCCCGUGGGCCUGUUGUCAGGCAGACCCCUAUGACCCCUGCCUCCAGUGUCAGCUGGAGCCCAGCCGGCCACGCGAAGCAUCUUCAGAGCCAGAGACCCAGAGCUCCGGCCUCCAUCGGCCCGUGGCCCCGGCCCACGGUGGCCUCUGUGAAGCUGGGCAGGGUCCUGACAAGAGGGAAGCUCAAGAAUUCCAGGGCUGCCAGCCUGUGUCCUCCUUCAGCCCCCCGCAGCACAUGACCCCUCCGAUGCUACCUCGAAAAACGAGACCCCUUCAGAAGAGUGGCGACGACUCUUCGGAAGAGGAAGAAGGAGAAGUCGAUAGCGAAGUUGAGUUUCCCCGAAGACAGAGGCCCCAUCGCUGUAUCAGCAGCUGCCAGUCCUACUCGACCUUCAGCUCAGAAAAUUUCUCCGUGUCCGACGGCGAGGAGGGGAACACCAGCGACCACUCCAACAGCCCCGAUGAGGUGGGCCACCGGCUGGAAGACCGAGUGGCCGAAAAGCUGGAGGACCUGCUGUCCCAGACCCCGGAGAUCCCCAUCGAGAUCUCCACCCAGUCCGACGGGCUUUCGGACAAGGAGUGUGCCGUCCGCAGGGUGAAGACUCGGAUGUCCCUGGGCAAGCUUUGUGCCGAGGAGCAUGGCUACGAGAAUCCUGGGCCGCUGGGGGAAUCCGACUGCGACUCGUCAGACGGGGAGUGCUCGGAUGCUACGGUCCGUGCCAACAAGCACUACAGCUCGGCCACUUGGUAAUGCCAGCUGGCUGGCCAGGGCAGGCCACUGGCUGCCCGCCCCCAGGCUCCCUGGGCUGCCCCAAAGUGAUCUGCAAUAACAAGGACACAAGACUUCACAUCACGCAUCUCUUGAGGGGAAAAUGGUGUCCAAAUGAAGUGAAUUCUCACUGAGCAUUUCAAUCAAGAAUGGCAGGGAUCUCUUUUAUUGACUCUUCUAGCUACUGUAACAUGAAUAUUUAUUUUUGUUUGACAUUUUAACACUUUGUACUGUAAAGAGUGAACUAUAUAUGGUAUAUGUAUAUAUUCUAUAUACAUAUAUAGAGAGAGACAAUAAUUUGUUGCAAAAAAAAUUAAGAAGGAAAUAGAGCAACGUCCCUCGAGUUUAUGGGGCCAGGAAUUAGUGCUGCUGAUUGAAUAGGGGACCAGGCCUUUGGGCCCUAGCAAUGAUGGAAAAGGCAGAGCAAACACCCAUUGAAACAAACAGGGAACAGAAAAAAAAAUCCCAGCAAUAUCAUGUAAUUUGCAAGCAGAGCUCCCAGCUGGAAGAGGGGCUCAGGACUCUGGAUGCCAAGGGCUGGAGGCUAAGAUGCUCCCUUGGAGUGAACGGAGGCUGGUUUUAUUUCUUUGAUUUUUGAAGCAGCGUUUCUCCUGUGAGCUCCUGGGCUUCUCCAGGUUCUUCUAGGGCCAGCCCCUGUGUGACCUGGACAGGCACGCUGGCCUCCUGCACAGGUCAGGGAGCCCUGGGGCAUCUGAUUGCAGCUUGCCUGUGUCUUCUCCACCUCCUGUCCACUUUGCCUAGAGAAGGAUCGAGGGCAUCUGGGGCUGAGCUUAACAGGGCCAGCAUCAGCUUUCCAAUAGUGGUUCAAACCCCAUCCCUUUAGUUUGUAUUUAUUAAUCCUUUACUAUUUAGAGAGCCUCGGGUACCCACCAGGUCAGGUGUUACUCUACAAGAGCCAGACGACAUGGGAAGGAAGAUUCCCCAUUUUACCCUCCACCCCAAACCCUGAAACAGAAUGUGAUAGUAAGUGUAAUAUCCUUGGUCAGAGAACCUUCACGUGUUGUUUACCUCUGGGACCUAGAAGGGUCCCUGAAGUAAACCCUGUGUACUACUCAGGGCCUGUCCUGGGGCAGACCACCCACUUCCAGGCCGAGGGCUCAGGAAUCCUUUCCAGGGGGGCUUGCUAGUGCUUUGGCCAAAAAAGAAAAGGGAAGGAACUUCAGGGCAGGCUAGUGUUAACCUGGGUCCCAUCCCCUGGCCCCUGCUAUGCUUUUAUGUCGAGCUCUCUCUGCCUCCCUCCUUCUCUCUCUCUUCCCCCCUCCCCCUGCCCCGCCCCCGGCCCAGCAAAUCGCGGUGGA